CGUAACAAAAUGUGGAAAAAGUCAAGGGUUCUGAAUACUUUCCGAAGGCACUGUAUACUCUCAUUUUGAGAAUAGAGUCGAAAAGAAUGUGUUUUUUUGCCUCAAGUGUAAUAUUUAUUGGCAGUUAGUGACACUCUUAAUCAAUGAAAACCAAUUAGUAGACAGACAGGUUAACUUUUUUUAAAAAUAAAAGAUGACUGAGGAAAUUCCCCCCACACACAGACAAUACUUAUCUGACUUACUGUAGAACAUAAGGACAUACUGCCAGACCGCUUGGAAAAAUAAGUCAAUUUUGCAAGUGCCUCUACUACAAAUGUCAGCAUUUUUUGUACAUAAAUAUGUAUUUAUUGUUCUUUAAAAAUCAUAAGCACAUAUUAAAGUAUUUUUCCUUAUUUUCAUUGCAUCUGUCAAAGGUGUAAGGUGCAAAAGCUAUUUCUGUGAAAAAAUGAUAAAUUAUAAUUUUGUAUAGAUGUGGCAUAAAGACAUCUUCUGCGCUAUAAUUUAUUGGAAUAUUCUUCCAUCCCACUCUUUCAUCGUUGGCUGCUUACUCUCAGAUAGCUUAUUGAUCUCGACUGCUGUCAAUAUUUCCCUAUAGGAUUGCAAAUAAAUAAUAAAUACAUUUCAUUUUAGUUCUGUAGGUUGUGAGGAAUCGAACUCAAGUCACAAAGUUGAUGAUUUACUGGUUGACCAUGCAGAAUAGUACACUCAUAAUAUUUAAAAACAUUGUUUUGUUUUGUUUUUAAGUUGUUUUUCUUUUUUUUCAUCCUGACCAUUUCCUGUAUUAGUUCUGGUUUUAAGGGAGCAACUUUGCUGAAUGUGCAUUUCCUGAUGAUGACUAAUGCCUGUGCAAAGUAUGGUAAACACCUCCUGUAUCAUUAUUUAUUUGUAAAUAUGAAGUAGUCAAUACUGUUGCAUCUGGAUCAAUUAUAACCAUUAUUCCUCUGUUUUGAGUUCCUCCCAUAUUAAGUUUCGUUGAUAUUUCUUAGACAUAAGUAACCAUUGAAUUUCAACAAGUUAGCAAGUGUUGUGGUCCUUUAUUUGUCCAAAUGCCCAGUGUUUGAGUUAGUUGUGCUUCAUGAUAGCAAGUGCCAAGGAUCUUCACAUUGGGCCUAUUUGCCGAUGACUGUAUGAUUAUGAAUCUGCUAUUAUGUCCUCAGUUUUCACUGAUACUCCAAAUGUGUUGUCCUUGGCGUUUUCAGCCUUCAUAGAAAUCAAAUCAUUUUUAUUAUAAAUCCAGAUUGGGUAUCAUUGUGCAGUCACCAAAUAUAUUUGUAUACAAAUAAAUGUACUGCAUUGUAAAAUGCUUGUCAGAGAUGUUGUAUGUCACUAAGAAGAACUUUGUACAGUCUGUGAAAAUGAUUUGAACUAUGGUCAAUGAUGGUUGCGCAUGAAGCACAGUUAAAACCUUGGAAAUAGCGCCAUCCAUCGGAAUUUCCAACCAAAUGGAUGACAUUUAUUAAGGGGUCCGGUGGAAGCGCGCAAAUGUAUAUAAUCUAUUGAUGUAUAGGCAUGCUCCAUGGUGGCGUUACAAAGAAAAUAUGAUAUGCUUUUAUGUUUCAGGCCAGGGGAAGGAAUAGGCUAUGAGAGACGUUUCGGGGUAACCGAAAUACGCACCACAGUGCUCAUGAAUGCAACCUACUUUAAUUGUAGCUAAAAUAAUAAUUGGUUGAAAAAGUUAAUAAACAUGCAGCAUAUGAUGUGGCCUGCAAGGGUGCCAUUGCUCUCCGGUGACAAGUGGACCGUUUUUUACACCUUCCUUCUAAAUAAGGAAGCAACCUGUCAGACAUAUGACCACCGACCCAAUUUGGGAGCUGCCAAAGUGUCCAUCGUGUCCCGCAGUUGCUUAACGCCACCCAAUGAGGUCUCUCCCUUCCUCGGUUUCACGGGCGCUGUGACAGUGUUCCGUUGAACUCUCCACAGACUAGGCACUGCAGUUCAGCGACUCUUUUCUUGCUUGCUUGCAACUUCACUCUCUCCAUCCUCGGCCCUUGUAUUAUUCGACUGGGCAGCGGUGAAGUCAGCAUGACGUCAUCUAGAGAUGCGAUAGCCUGGCAAGGUGAAACAAGGUUUUGGUGAGUGCUAUUCUCCACGGCCUGCGUUGCCUACAGAGAGAGAGAGAGAGGCGCGGAGCUGCAAAACAUGGUAAUCAUCAUCGCCACCACCUCAAGAUCUGCCGUGCACUCUCCUAUUUCUACUCCUCUGCACUGGGGCUCUCGUUUCAUACCCAGAGUUCAGAUCUGCGUUACAAAAAUAAUCCUCUGCCAGCAUGCCGAAGGAAGAAAAACAAGAAGAGUGGUAUUUUUAGGGCCAUUAAUUCUGACCACGUGCCCCGAAGGUACACCGGAAGGCCAUUGCGCAAAGUCUCCUCAUCAGUAUGUCCUACGAGGCCAGCACGCACUGGACGUUGAUUGCGACUGUUCUCUUGGGGUUCCUAGUGGGGAUUGCGUCAUCAUAUCCUAUUCCAAGCAGGACAAAUGCAACUUUAUUGGAGAAAAGAUGGGAGACCCUCUUCUCCCGCUCCAUUCUGGGCAUCUCGGGGGAGAGAUCGGACCUGAACUGGGAGAGUGACUAUUUGCUAGGUAUCAAAAGAGUCCGGAGGCUCUACUGCAACGUGGGCAUCGGGUUUCACCUCCAGGUCCUCCCAGACGGCAGGAUUAAUGGUGUACAUAAUGAAAACCAGUACAGUCUAUUAGAGAUCUCAACUGUAGAGCGAGGAGUGGUUAGCUUGUAUGGGGUGAGAAGUGAGCUGUUUGUCGCAAUGAAUGGCCGAGGAAGGUUAUACGGAACGACAGUCUUCCAUGAUGAGUGCAAGUUCAGAGAGAGCAUGCUGCCAAACAACUACAAUGCCUAUGAGUCUUCCGUUUACAGAGGCUCCUACAUUGCUCUCAGCAAGCAUGGCCGUCUGAAGAGAGGCAACAAGGCCACCACUGCCAUGACUGUCACACACUUCCUCCCCCGAAUAUGAGCAAAACUGGCAAUAACUCACUUAUUUGCACAUGUGGAUUGUUGUCCAGGUAACAUUAUACUGUAUACACCAAUACAAAUGGACUGCAAAAGAAAGAAAUACCAUUAUAUGAUAGUAUUUAUUCAGUCUUUAUAUGUAUAUUUCGGUAGCUUACUUUGUAUUAGAACUCAUGGAAAUGCCAUUAAUUGCUGCUUAUUAUUUUAAUCAGUAUUAUAUAAGGGGAUGGAGAAGCUUCAUCUGUCCCCUUCACUUUAUAUGGGUGCUUGCCAUACAUAAAUGGUGGAGACCUUGCCCUGUCAGUGGAUGACAGCUAAGCUCAGCCUCUAGAAGUGAAAUGGAUACUUUUUAUUACCUCAAAGCGCCACGUCCCAAAUUAAAUAAUGUGUGCAUGAUAUUUCUACUGAGAAGAAUGCCUGUUUACUUUGAACUUUUGUGAUUAUCCAUCAAGGACUCUACAUUUUCCAUAAUCUGUGUCAACAUUAUAUCAUUGUCUAGUAAGGGCAACUAGAGCGCUUACCAAAUAUUUGUUUUCUUGCUUUGUGAUGAGGUGGUGGCUGCCUUUGAUUCCUACUUGCGGCUCCUUCCCUUGCAUGCGAGAAACGCUCCCCUCAGUCAGAAAUAGGGAUGACAUGCAAGUCAUCACUCCCUCAUGCUCCGGGGGGCUUUAGCCCAAUUCCUAGAGGGCCAAAAGUAUCUUCAGUUUAUUUUCUUUCCAGAAUGAGAUCAGUUAAGUAAUUGAGACUGUGUCAGAUAGGCCAGGCCCCUCAGGAGCUCACAGCCAUUGGUGUGGGAAGCUAGAACUGGAGACCCACCAUCCUAGGGGGACUUUGACAAUCCUGACUUUUAUGAGGCUAGAUGGUUUUAUGAGGCUAAGUGUGAGAUGGUUUGAUGUUUAGACCAGAUUGAAAUGUGUGUGUGUCUUGUCUUGGACUAACUGGGAGCCUGCUGUAUCGAUCAAACAGUUUGAUUAGUUUUUAAACUGAUGAGGGUUGAAACCUUAACUUAUCCGCUGGUUUGAACAUUUUUUUUUAGCACUUUUACAGUAUCUCCAUUUCUGCAGUAAAUGUCGAGCUGCAUAAAAAUAGUGCUUGUUUUCACGUUCACUCAACAUUAUUUGAAAUAAUGUAAAUAUUCCUAUUAAUUUUUUUUGAGAAGGGAUGCUUAUUUCAUGCAACUAAGAUUUGCUAACAAUAUUUCAGGUAACUCAAUCUGGCUAGUAUAUCUAAUAUCUGAUAUUUAGAUAAUAAGGAUUGUACUCAUACGUACCUGUUUCUCUCUUUCAUUGUUUAAACUGGUUAUGAAGUUGUAAGAUCUUGUGUGAAAGAAAAACAGAAGCAAUGUCUCAAAGCAAUUCACCAAAGGCUUACAGUAGUGAUGUUUGGACUUUGUACAGUAUGCAGCAUACUUGAAGUCAAUGCUUGCUUGCUCUCCUCCUCGAAUACUGUACGUUUCCAUAGUGGAGGGAAACAAAUAUACAGGGCUGUACUGACAUGCAGAAGAGGGCUUAUAUGGGACCGUGCAUGUGGCACCCAUUGUUGUUUUAACCUACUGAAGAUGCAGAUUAUGUUGGACAAGCUACUCCCCAAAUACCUGAGCAGACCCCCCUUGGCCAGUUGACACUGUAAAACCCUUUGUUCAACAGCGGUCUUGAGAUUCCAGAAGUAUCCUUCCUCUCCCAUCUGGAGCCAUUUUAGUCCACGUCAGAGUCAUAGACCUCUUUCACUGUGUCUAAGCACGUGGUGUUCAGGUUGACCCGGAUCACUUUGCCCUUUUGACGCCACUUUGACCUACAUUUGCUCUGUUAUUCCUUUAUUUAUUUAUGGAUGGUGUGUAGCUCGAUGAAAACCUUGCAUGAAUGACAUAAGGUGAUUUUUAGGUGUAAGUGGUUUGAUUCUGUAUCUCUCUUUGACUGGUCGUCAAUGAGCAUGGACUUAUUGGGAAUGGAGUGGCAAAAUCUGAUUUAAAGAUUUCUCUUUGGCUAUUACAAUGCUAUAAGUAUGUUUAGUGCAUCUGAGUAAAAUCCAUAGGAAAGGUCAUCUUUGACCUCUUUUACCAACCUUUAACUUUACGCCUGUUAAAUUCUUAUUCCAACACAAGUACUUACAGUAGUAAGAAGAGACAGGCUGAGGCUUGAUGCAGUGUCUGGUUGUGAUGGAACACGGGAAGUAUCUGCGUGAACAGCCAUCAUACUCCGUAUUUGCCACAGCCAAAGAGAAAGCAGAGUUCCUAUCAAAUCAAUUUACCAAGCUGAAAUUGUCUCCAUGUGCAAGCAAGGCACUGCUUCCAUCAAGGAGGAUAGCAGACAAUGAAAAUAUGUAACACAAAGGCUGUUUUGGAUGUGGACCGUUAUGAGACAAAACAUGAUUUUAUAUGGAUAACAAGUAGUGCUGUUGCUUGAACCAUGGUGCUGAAGGGGUCUAUGCCUUGAAAACAAUUGGUGCUCCCAGGAGAUAUAGCUACUGUAAUAGUUAUGCAAGUUAAAAGUGUUGCUCAGUCUGCCAAGUAGAGUUAUCUCUACAGCUAGCACCAGAUCAAGCCCACUUUCAUUGUCACAAUGGAACUGAAACAUAUCCUCACCACCACCUAUUCAGGAUGAUGAUCAGUGAUUGAGGAAUGAAUGAAAACAAGCUUUUCCACUGUCUUGCAUGUGUCUGUGUGGGAUGAUAACGUAGCAGGAUUCAUGGUUUCGUUGAAUUUGGAUGGUGCGACAUCUUAUUUUCCAUCCGUUCUCCCCAAAAUGUAAUCAUAAUAAGACAUGCAAUGUGAAUGUUCAUGAAGGUGAAUAAUAUUUGUUUGGAUUACAACAUCCUUAUCAUUCUUUUUUUUUUUUGCUGGUCCAUAUGGGCAACAGGAAAUUAUCAUGACAACAAGCAAAUACGUGAACUGAAAUAGAGAUAUUUGGAAGUGUGAGAAUGUGUCUCUGUCACAAUGGCUUUUCAUGUCAUAAGGGGCACCUAGUUCAGUGUACACCUGUUAGGCCUAACCAUAGGUCUUUGUACCAAAUGUAUUAAAGCUGCUUAAAGAGUGUUAGAUACUCAAAUGGUGUUCAAGCCUACAGUAACUUACAAUACAGUGUGUUGCAGGCUCUCCAACUUGUGCAAAGGUGCUAUGGGUGGUAGUGGAUAAGGGAAGGGUGGUAGCGAUUCUGUGUGUGUCCCUGUGUGUCAGCAGCCUAAGUUUGUGUGUCUCUGUUUUAUAUUCCUGCACUGAGGGUAGUGUGCUUCCUUCUGAAUCCCCCUCCUCUUUUUAACAUAUACCUCACCUUCUGCCUUAGUUCCGAUUUAUUGAAAUGAUUGUAAAUUAGUUUGAAAUAACAGACUUCUCCAAUCAUUUGUUUCUGAAAAAAAAUAUGAU